AUGCGAGGUAUCAAAAUUUCAGCUAGUACAGUUUCAAGGCUAAGUAAGUAUGGAACUAUUGUCAAUGUGUUAGCUGGUGCUUAUAUUGGCGGGUUGAUAGUAUCACUAGGGUCUUUUUAUUUGAUAUAUCACGAUGCAAAUGAACGACAAAGGAUCCCCUUUGAAUUAAGCUUUCAGGAUCAAAUAGAUACAGUACAAGCAAUUAACAAGGACGAUGUUUUACAAAAGCCGACAUAUGCGGUAAAGCAUUACCGCAAAGUGCUAAUAAACUUGGCCAAGGCCAGUGAUGCUAAUUUAGAUGAGCUGAAAUACCCUGGAUACGAAAUCCCCCUUAUCGAUCCCGAGGUAUUAAUCUACCAAAAGUCGAAUAAAUUUGCCAAUUUUUAUAUUGAUUUGAUAUUGAGGUACAGCAAAGCGCUUUUAGUCAAGGGAGAAGUUCAAGCGUCACUUGAUACUUUGAGCAAGGUUAUUGACAACGAUUUGAUUUACUACAAGUUGGGUGAUGCUGAGAGAUUAUCCGAAUGCAGUCGUCUCCUAGCUUUUGUUUAUUCUGAUCCGCAAGAUAGAAUUGCAUUGUUGAAGAAAUCUAUCGAUAUGUUGAAACAAACUUAUUCCUCAAUACGGUUGAAUGACGACUAUACGUUAGUGAAGGGCAGUAAAAUCUCCGAUGAGUUGCUUGCCUGUUUGAAUGAUUUAGCUUUUCAAUAUGCCAAGCUCUCGUCGAGUUCACAGCAAACUUACCAACUGAAACUGGAACUGAAACUGAAACUGAAACUGAUGCUGAUACUGAGAUUUGAAAAACAAAAGUACCUCGAGGAAGCAUUGGCAAUAUACUUAUCCAAUCUACAAACAUUGACCAAUAUUCGAGAAAGCUUGGAAACUAGAACCAAGAAUCAGUCAAAUUACCCCCUUUUCAACGUUGAUCGCGAAAACUUGAUUACUCAAAUAUGUGCUUUGAAAGCUCAUAUUAGUGAAAUUUUGUGGUCUCAGGGAUAUAAACAAAACGCCAUCAGUUGGUCAGAGGAGGUACUUAAGGAGUUAUUUUACGAUAAUGCCGCUUCGCCUCAAGUGACCUCGAUGUUAGAAAAUGUGUUGAAUAAUCUAAUUGCUAUGUAUACGAAGAUCAAGAAACCCGAGGAAGUUAGGAGAUGCAAUGAGUUGAAACUGGAAUUGAAACUGUAUGCUCGAAGUCUGACAAGCAUUUCUACCAAGAGGUUUGAUCGAUGGUAUCAUGAUCUCAUCAAGCGAUGGAGCGAGAUUCUUUACGAUCAAGGGCCACUAGGCAUUAUCACCAAGCCAUUACAAGAGAGAUUUGGACCAGGUGUAAGAGUGAGAGAACUAGAGGAGUUUGAGAAGGAAGACGAAUUAGUAGAUAUCAAUUCGUGGGUCGCUUUUGGAAUGCUGUCGUCUACUGGUAUCAAGUUGGCCAAAAAGCAACUACGAAGUCGAGUGCAAUCGAGAUUGCAAACGGUAUCUCAAGACUCGCUCUUUGCUCAAUCACAACUAAUCCUUGCAAAUCUUUUGCAGUUACCUAUUUUUCAAGAUGCUCAAAAUGUAGCUGUGUUUAUGAACAUGCCGGAUCUGGAGGUGAAGACAAUGCCCGUGAUUGCCAAAUGUUAUGAAGUUGGCAAAAAAGUCUAUUUGCCCAGGUGUAAUAUGGUUCAAGUACCCAAUCGUAAGAAGAACUACUUGUCGAUGCUACAUGUUCCUAUGUUACAAGAUGUUGCCAACCUCACUCCACAGGGGAAAUACCAUUUACUAGAACCAGUUGAAGGAGAAGACGCUUUAGAUACCGGUGAAUUGGAUUUGAUGCUCAUCCCUGGUGUCGCUUUUAAUGCAAAUCUCGAGAGAUUGGGCCAUGGUGCUGGAUUCUACGAUGAGUUUUUAUCUACAUUUUACAAGAAAUGGUCAAGAUUACCGUACCUAAUUGGACUUUCAUUAGACGAACAGAUUGUCUCGGAGGGAGAAAUACCAACCGAAGUCCACGAUUACAAGUUGGAUAAAGUUGUUACUGGUACUAGAGUUUUCUCGGCGACAACACUAUCACCACUAUCGAGCAGAGCGAGAUAG